GUUGCCGAGGCUGGACUCUUCAUCUUGAACGACUAUAUCGCACGACGUACAUACAUAUAAGCUGAGGCACUUUCCGUAUUUUGGGUCUGAUCCACUCACGAUCAGUGUGCGCAUCAGAGGAUAGAUCCUCAAACCUCAUAUUCGAAGGGGUGCUCAGCAUCAUCCUGACCUACUUUCAUCCUCACCAUGUCUGGACUUGACGACAAGACUGCUGGCCAUGUGGCCGAGAGAGUCGAAUCGACGACGGGCCACGGCGCGGCUGAUGGCACCAAUGCUGCCAUCCACAACGAACACAAGAUGUCUGUCCGCCAGAGUUUGCGGUUCUGGUGGAAAGCCAUUGUGUUCUCCUUCGUCAUCUCACUAGCUGUAGUCAUGGAAGGCUACGACACAUCUUUGAUGAACAAGUUCUUCGCCUUCGAGCCCUUCAGGAACAGGUUCGGGGACCAGGAGAACCCCGAGGGCGGCAGGCUCGUCUCGUCUCGAUGGCAAACCAUUAUCCUGAACGGAACUCAGGUCGGUUGCAUCCUUGGUCUGAUUAUCAACGGCUACAUCACCGAGUGGAUCGGCUAUAAGAAGACCAUGGUUGUCAGCAUGAUUGUCAUGACCGGUGCCAUCUUCAUCCCCCUCUUCUCGACCAGUCUUGAGAUGUUCCUCGUUGGUGGCAUCAUCCAGGGUUUGCCAUGGGGAGUCUUCCAGACACUCGCCAUCUCGUACGCGGCCGAUCUCUGCCCGACACACCUUCGAGGGUACAUGACUUCAUGGAUCAACAUGUGCUGGGUUAUCGGAGGGCUGUUCUCGACUGGUGUGCUCACUGGUCUGAUGAAGAACACCAGCCAGUGGGGCUACAGGAUUCCCUUUGCGCUGCAGUGGAUCUGGCCAAUUCCAAUCAUUCUUGCUACACUGCUAGCACCCGAGUCGCCUUGGUGGUUGGUCCGUCAGGGACGUGUCGAGGAAGCUCGCGCUGCCGUCAGCAGGCUCACCACAUCUCAGGAGGGUGUCGACUUCGAUUUGGACGCUCACAUUGAGAUGAUGGUGGUCACUGACCAGUUCGAGAAGGAAAUAUCAGCUGGAACUAACUACUGGCACCUAUUCCGUGGCAGCGACUUGCAUCGAACUGAGGUUUCUGCUAUGGCAUUCAUCACCCAGGCCCUUUGCGGUGUUCCCUUCAUGGGGUUCGGUACUCAGUUCUUGCAGGGCGUUGGUCUCAGCCAAGAUGACUCCUUCCACCUGACUAUCGGUCAGGACUGUCUGGGACUGGUUGGAUGCUUCAUCGCAUGGUGGAUCAUGACCAAGUUCGGUCGUCGCAAGAUGUACUUGACCGGUCUGUCCGCUAUUUCGCUGAUCUUGCUUAUCGUUGGAUUCAUCGGUCUUGCACCCAAGUCCAACAAUGGUGCAAGCCUCGCAGGAGGUAUUUUGAUCAUUCUUAUGGUCUUUUGCUUCCAGCUUUCUAUUGGACCCAUUUGCUACACGCUGGCCGCCGAAAUACCCAGCUCGCGCCUCCGUGUCAAGACCGUCGCCCUGUCUCGCGCUAGCUACAACAGUAUCGUGUUCGUAACAAACACAAUCAUGCCGAAGAUGGUUGGUGUGAACGACUGGAACUGGGGUGCCAAGGGUGGGUUCUUCUGGGCAGGCAUCGCGGUGCUGUUCAUUGUCUGGGGCUUCUUCCGUCUUCCCGAGUCCAAAGGACUGACCUACUCUGAGCUGGAUCUGCUGUUCGAGCACAAGGUGUCACCACGCAAGUUCACUCGUGAGAACGCGGAGGCACUGAAGCCAGUGUUGGUGGACAUUGCUCUGCAGCACGAGAAGCAAGCCGGUGUCGAGCGUGUGGAGUCGCACGCUUGAUGAAGUUGUUGGAGUAUACCGACCUGUUCUGUGGCGUACGUAAAAUAGCGAAGAUCUCUAAAGCACACUGCCUGCACUCUCAGCUGUGCCACCCAAGCAUAGCACGAGCAGCUCGUAAUGCAGGAUGAGUCAGCUGCAGCUCUGCAGAGCACAGCCAAGACGAGAUCAAAUCACGACAAUGUCUCAAGACGCGGUCGAGGGUGGCAGGAGGUGGGUCCUGUCGAACAGCCAAAUAUCGUAUUCGGAAGCAACGACCGG